AUCGCUCUGGUCUGUGUGAAGGCGGAAGUGCGGAAGCAGAAAUGGAGAUGGAGCGGAGCGGAUCAUGGAGCUCGUGUCCGGUCUGCUGAACCGAAUCUGGCUUUUGGCGGGACUUUCUGACGCGACGGAUGCCAAGAGAAGCAAGAAGAUGGAGGAAAAAGCGCUGGAGGUGUACGACGUGAUUCGGACGAUCCGUGACCCGGAGAAGCCCAAUACUCUGGAGGAGCUGGAUGUGGUGACGGAGAAGUGCGUGGAGGUCCAGGACCUCGGAGACGACGAGUAUCUGAUCAUCAUCAAGUUCUCUCCAACCGUCCCGCAUUGCUCUCUGGCCACUCUGAUAGGUCUGUGCUUACAAGUCAAGCUUCAGCGCUGCCUGCCGUUCAAGCACAAGCUGGAGAUUUACAUAACUGAGGGAACGCACUCGACCGAGGAGGAUAUUAACAAACAGAUCAAUGAUAAGGAGCGUGUGGCGGCCGCCAUGGAGAACCCCAACCUGCGGGAGAUCGUGGAGCAGUGCGUGACCGAACCGGACGACUGAAACCGACUGAUGAAACCUUACUCUGUAAACAGCAGAAAACGCGAUCGAUACGCAGCGAUGGCCUUCAUGUCUUCAGAACAGCAGGGCUUCAGAGAGCUGGAGGUCUCUGGCCUUUCUGUUUGUUUGUUCGGCUCAUUGAAGAACAGCAUUCCUCAAGCUUGAGAGACAAAACACAGCCACUUCCUGUUGAACUUCCUGGCUAAACAAGGCAUCAAACCAUAAAAGAAACAAUAUUUCACCCAAGAAUUGAGAGAUGAACUAACCCUCGUGUCUUCAUCUGACUUUUUGUUUUGAAACGCAGAACGCCUGAGCUUCGGUUUCUAUACAUAAAAUGCUCCAAAAGAUACAAAAAGCAUUAAAAUGAUCAUUUAUGAGCCCAAGUAUGACAUUUGAGACUCGUGACCUAAAUGCAAUGGUUUAUGAUGACUGUGAUGAUGCUUUUGGAGCUCAUCUGCAUCCGUCCUCAUUUGCUUUCACUGUAUGGAAAAGAGCAGCUUGGACAUUCUGUGUAAUAUCACACAUUUAGUUCUCCACAAAUGAAAGUCGGUCAAACAGGUUUGGAUUAAAUGAGUAAAUUAUGAUAAAUUUAAUGUUUUUGGGAAAGAAAAACAACAAAUGUCAGAGCUCUGUUAUCGAUCCUGCAGAUUAUAUGUGAAAUGAACUACUUUAUGUAAAAAAAAUCAGUGAUAGACAAUGAGUUUGUAAAUUUGAUUUUGUAAGGUAAAAGUAUAUAUUUGUAGAACUCAAGAUCUUACUUGAAUAAAAACCUUCUCAGAGAA